GCCCCCGGAACCUUCCUGCUCGGCUCCGCGCGGCAGCUGGGAUCGCUGUGAGUGUGACACGGCCCGGCUGGGCGACAUGGCGGCGCCCGGCAGGUGCUGCCUGCGGAGACUUCUGGCUCAGUUUCCCAGCCAUAUUUUUCCCAGGAUUGACCAACGCACCUCAGUAGUUCCCUGCCUUGGAAGCAUACCACUAUCCAUUAGACCCUAUGCUGCUGCAAAAACUGCAAAAAAAGGUUCAAAGGAUGCCAAGCAGAAAACUUCAGAUGCAGAGCCAGCAAAAAAAAAGAACACUUACAGACGAAAGUUAGCAAGCAAGCCAGUGGAUGAUGUGUAUUUAACAUGGUUGUAUGAAAGGCCAGUCUAUGAAGCAGAGGUGGCUGUGGACAUGCUGAAGAAGUUUCAGCAAUUGGACUUCACUUACCCAAAACAACAUGUAUAUGCUAACAUCACUCUGGAUAUGAUGCUAGAGAAGAAGAAAAAAGUGGAUCAGUUUGUCGGCACCAUUCUUCUACCAUUUCCUUUUGCAAGUGAAAUCAAUAAAGUUAUGGUAUUCACAGAGAAAGAAGAAGAAAUUAAAAUAGCAAAAGAAAAUGGAGCUGCUUUUGCAGGAGGGACUGAAUUAAUCCAAAUGAUUUUGGAUGAUGAAAUCACUGCAGAUUUUUACAUAGCCGUUCCUGAAAUAAUAGCAAAGCUGCUACCUUUAAAAAACAAACUAAGAAAAAAAUUUCCAAAGACUAACAGAAAUUCCCUGGGCCGUGACAUUCCAAAAAUGCUGGACCUCUUUAAAGCGGGCCAUGAGUAUACGGUAGAAAAGGAGAAUCUUAUUGUGACAAGAAUAGCAACGCUGGAUAUGCCUAAUGAACAGAUAAUUGCCAAUCUGGAUGCAAUUAUUAAGGAUGUCUGUACGUACAGGCCAUUGAGCUAUGGCCCAUUUGUCCAGCGCUUGAUUAUUCGAAGUUCAACCAGUGAAGGUUUACAACUAAAUCUUGAGCGUUUUCUCCCUCGAGCAGAGGAAGUGGACAAAGAAGAUGUUAAAGAAACAGAAGCUCCAAGAUAGCCUGCCAGUGUAUUAUAUUGCAAAUUCUCUUAGCAUUUUAUGUUCAAGAAUCCCCAGGAGUAUUUAAAAAUGUUUUCCUAUUAAUUUGUUUGAUUCCUCUCAGAAAUUGAUGGUGUAGCCCAGAUCUUUUUCUUUUUUUUUUU